GAUGCCAAAGUUAGCCGAGGGCCAGAGAAGCAGACCGGCUAUCGGUUUGCUGUCUUUUCAUUCAACGUGUUGACCAUGUUUGACCCACAAGUACCAAAAGGACGGCCCAAACGUCUGGCCAAUCUUGGGCUGCUGGUAGCAGGCAAACGUGAUGUCUUGAAAAAGCAGCUUGGGGCCAAAGGGAUUUGGCUAGCGGGUUUUCAGGAAACGCGUAUACCCAUCACGGGUACCCUGCCAGACAAGGACUACAUCAUGCUGAAUUCCGGGGCAACUGAGCGCGGUCAUGGUGGGUGUGCCUUGUGGAUAGCACGUGAAGUGGCCUUUGGACGGUCUGGCAGUCAGUCUCUGCACAUAACCGAAGAGCAGGUCACAGUUGUGGCUACCUCACCCCGUCAUUUGCAGGUUCUGUUAGAGCAUCCCAGGUUGGCGCUUACCGUUUUGGUUGCACAUGCACCACGUGUGUCAGGACAGGGAGAAGAGGCCGUCAUCUCUUUCUGGAACGACAGAUAUGGUGAGCUACAGAGGCGCCCGCGCAAAGCGGACUAUCUUAUCCUGGCAGACGCGAAUGCGCACAUAGGAUCGGUGACGACAGAUGUCAUUGGUUCGUUUGGUGCCGAGCCUGAAAAUGAAGAGGGAUUUUUGUUCCAUGAGUUCUUGCUGAGAAUGCAUGCUUACAUUCCCUCGACGUGGAAUGAGCAUCACCAGGGACAACAUUGGACAUGGGCUCCGCCAGAGCCAGACGGCACGAAGCAUCGCAUCGACUUUAUAGGGGUUCCUGGUAGCUGGAGCACCUUUAGUCUUAGCUCCCAUGUCUGGGAUUCCUUCGAAGCCAUGCAUGCCAGACAAGACCAUCUUCCAGUAGUGCUUGAAGUUGAGUUUCAGCAUCUGGCGCCAUCGUACAGCUAUCGUAGUGGCAAGGGACCUGUACUAAGGCCUUCGAGGGAUCUGUCCCUUGAAGACAGAGACAGCUUUGCUGUUCUUGUUCAGCAGGCCAGAGGUAUCCCGUGGGAAAGCAGUGUCGAUCAGCACAAUGCGCAGUGGACCCGUCAUAUCCAAGCCUGUGCCCAACCACUCAUCCCUGAGCAGCCAUAUGCUCCGACACAGUCAUAUUUGAGCUCUGAUACCAUGCGCCUGGUGGGACAGCGUCGAGAGAUCAGAGCCUACAUUCGGGAUGAAGAGCAGGAAUUGCGUAAGCGAUGGUUGUUGAUUGGGUUCGCCGCAUUUAGGCUGCACCACCACGAGCAGGUUUUUAGCGAGACCGCCUUAAGUACAGCAUCUCAUUGGGUCAGCGACAUCGACCACAGCAUUGCGGCUGCUGUCGAACGCCUUGCUGAGCUCACUCGAGCAGUGCGCGCUGCAGUCAAACGGGACAGGAUCGAGUACCUUGACAGUCUUCAAAAGGAAGUCACGGUGCAAGAUUUAAGAAAUCCUAAGGCGCUAUAUCGCGCUGUUCGCAAAGCCUUUCCAGAGGCUAGAUCCUCAAGGCGACGUGGGUUCAGGCCGCUACCAGCCGUGAGACUGGAGGAUGGCACCCUGGCGCCGGACAGAGAGUCUCGGGCCGCGCGAUGGGAACGCUACUUUGGGGAGCAGGAAAGUGCUUUUGCGGUAUCGGACACCGAAUACCAACAGGCAUUUGCCAAACCGGAUUUGCCAGUAGGACGAGCCGACCCGGUCUUCAGCUUACAGGCGUUGCCUACGCUACAGGAGCUGGAGCAGCAGCUCCUACAGCUUAAGCUUGGCAAGGCCGCAGGGCCGGAUGGACUCACGGCGGAGGUCCUCCGAAUACACGUGGCUGGGGUGGCACGUACACUGUUUCCCGUUUGUUUGAAGGCUGCGUUGGGUAACAGAGAGCCGACAGCAUGGAGAGGCGGCAGCCUCAUGGCACUAGCCAAAAAAGCUAGUGCAGCGUUGGACGGUGCCUCCUUUCGCUCCAUCCUUUUAGCCAAUGCCACGGCGAAAGUUCAGCAUCGGUUGUUGCGUGGGAGGUUGAUGCCGUACUUUGCCGCCUACAAAUUGGACACCCAGGCUGGCCAAGCGCCUGGGGUAGGAGUCGACUCGAUAGGUUUGGUUGUCAGGGCCUAUCAGAUUUGGGCCAAACAAAAGAAGAUGGCUUCAUCGUUGACCUUCUUCGAUUUGAAGACAGCAUUCUACCGAGUGCUGAGACAGGUUCUAGUCCCUUCAGAAAAGGGCGCUGGUGAUGCAGCCUUUGUCCGAUUGUUGUCGGAGCUGGGAGUGCCUGACCAGGCAGUGUGUGAGCUUGCGACUCAGCUUGGAAAUAUGGUAGCCCUGGCUGAGGCAGGAGUUUCAGAUCACCUGAUGGCCCAGACAGCAGAUCUGUUUAGGGGCUCAUGGUUCAAACUUCAAGGAGAAACCACGAUCUGGUUGACUCGACGGGGAACGCGACCAGGAGAUCCCUUGGCGGAUCUUUUGUUCGCGUUCUCAUUUACAGCCUGUUGCCGUGCCAUUGACGAUAGUCUACAGAGCGCCGGACUACAGACUAGUAUGCCGGAAGUCGCAAUGUCGCCACCUUGGCACUCCUGGGAGGCACCGGACACUUUGGGGCUGCCUGCCUGGGCUGAUGAUUUUGUCUUCCUACAGGCAGAUCCGUCGCCAGUACGGCUGUGUCAGCGUACUAAGGCAGCCGUAGAGGUCAUUGCUGCCAAAACAACCUCCGUAGGUAUGCAGCUGACAUACGCGAGUGACAAGACUGCGCUGCUGCUGUCCACGGAAGUCACUCGACCUCUGGACGAGCUCGUGCUCUUAAAUGAGCAGGGAGAGCCAGGCAUGCCGGUUCGGGACAAGGUGGUAGCUCUCGAUAACUGGCUUCCAGUCGUUGACUCGUACAAGCACCUUGGCAGCAUUGCAGUUGCCAACACGGCACCAGUGACAGAGGUGCACUACAGGUUCGCGCAGGCACAAGCAGUUUUGCGGCCUUUGCGCCGGAAGCUCUUUGGCGCUGGAGUAAUACCACUGAAGCUGCGUACCACACUGCUUCGGGCCCUCGUGGUAUCCAAAUUUGUUUUCUCCAGUGCCACGCUGCACCUCAAUGCCAAUGUUCAUAGGCGUACUUGGUCACGUUUGUACGUUAGUUUGUGGAGGAGCCUUACACGGCGUACUUCGGCUACUGAUCAAAGCCAUAGCUAUGAAGUAUUGCGCGUGGCAGGAGCCACGUCGCCUUUGUUGGCAUUGGCCCAAGCAAGGGCCACCUUCUUCCGCAGGGUCCUCAUACACGGGCCCGCUGCGUUGCUGCACUGUUUGCAUGUCCAGUGGAGGACGCAGCCCGCUACGUCCUGGCUACAUCAGUUCAUGCUGGAUAUCCGUGCAGUUGCCGUUUACUCAAAUGGGGCCAAGGUGUUGUUGGAUGAGGCAGACCCGGUGGGAAUGCUCUGUGAAACAAUGCAGCAGGAUCCGGGUUGGUGGUCCUCUCAGGUUCGCAAGGCCAUCAAGGGAUAUGCCGAUGACCUACAGAAGUGGAGUCAGAAGCGAUAUGAUCCUAGCGACCCAGAGGUAGAAACUGAGCAGGACAAGCCAUUCCACUGUCCGCACUGUGGAGCAGCUUUUCUGCUUAGAAAGCACUUGGGGGUUCAUUUGGCUAGGCCCCUGUCCGUCGAGGAAAUAGUCUCCGCAGAGGCAACUGAUAAGCAGCUAGCUCGCAAGGUCAAGGCAGGGCGAUGGAAUGAGUACCGGGCAGCGCUGCCCCCUCUUCCGGCCUACGGACCUAGGAUGCCUACAUACACGGAGGCGGUAACAGGGCUCAGCGAAGAUGAACUGUUGCUCAGCCGUGUUAAGCAGUUGUACCGUCCCCAUCCCGACACUGUGAGGUGGAUCCAUGAAUACCUUGAUGCAGCCUCGACAGAGGGCCCUCGCGAAGCUGCGACAGAUUUCUGGAUAGCAAGGCCUACAGCACAUAGGGGACCCUCAGCUGCUGCAGCCCCAGUUUCACCGCUUUAG